AUGACGAUUGUCUGUACCUCCUCCUCAAUGAACCGAGUGUUGAUUUCAGGCAUCAGGUACGCUGCAGACGUAUGCGAAGACGAAGGCGGCGUCCAAAUCGAUCCAAGGAAGUACUCAGAAGGCGAAUUGGAGCGCAUCACUCGACGAUUGGCUAUCGAAUAUGCAAAGAAGGGAUUUUUGGGACCGGGUUUGGACGUUCCAGCACCGGACAUGGGCACUGGACCGAGAGAAAUGGCGUGGAUCGCCGAUACCUUUGCCAUGACCAUCGGUAUGUUAAUCUGUCUCUUUCCCAAAACUUGCAAUACUGUAAGCUUCAGUGGCUCAAGUUUGUUUGUCUAUCCGGUUUCCAGAAUCAUAGGAAGCCAUGUCACUGAUGAUAACACUGCAUUAUUUACAAGACUACGAAAGACUUUUUGUUAAGU